UUUUAAAAAAAAAAGGCUGAGUAAUGCUGGAGCAUUACUCGUGUGGCUGAUGCAAACCUGGAGAAUUUGCAUCAUCAUUUAGCUGUAGUAAGUUGGUGUGACAGGCAGGCACUUAAAUACAAGCCCAUGAGGAAGCUGAGCUGGUUUGUAAUGAUAGGGCGGCAGCAGCAGCAGCAGCAGCAGCAGCAGCAGCAGCAGCAGCAGCACAGUCGUAGAACGAGGAGGUGGAGAACUGAGAGCACGAUGCAUACACAGGUGUUUCUGAGUAGUAAUUAGAUCGCUGUGAAGGACAAAGCACACCUUUGAGUUUUUAACCUGUGAACGAAGUAGCUCUGAGAGAGACAGUCUGAAAGCAAAGAGGAAGACAUCAAUCAGUAACACCAAGAGACACCAAAGUUGAAAGUUUUGUUUUUUUUCCCUCUGUUUUAUUUCAACCUUGUGUGCCCCUACUAUGGUCAGAAAGCCUGUUGUGUCCACCAUCUCCAGAGGAGGUUACCUGCAGGGAAAUGUUAACGGGAGGCUGCCUUCCCUGGGCAACAAGGAGCCACCUGGGAAGGAGAAAGUGCAGCUGAAGAGGAAAGUCACUUUACUGAGGGGAAUCUCCAUUAUCAUUGGCACCAUCAUUGGAGCAGGAAUCUUCAUCUCUCCUAAGGGCGUGCUUGAGAACACAGGCAGCGUGGGCACGUCUCUGAUCAUCUGGAUGGUGUGCGGGGCCCUGUCACUGUUUGGAGCCUUGUCUUAUGCUGAAUUGGGAACAAGUAUAAAGAAAUCCGGAGGUCAUUACACAUAUAUUUUGGAAGUCUUUGGUCCAUUACCAGCUUUUGUACGCGUCUGGGUGGAACUGCUCGUAAUACGCCCUGCAGCUACUGCUGUGAUAUCCCUGGCAUUUGGACGCUACAUUCUGGAACCAUUUUUUAUUCAAUGUGAAAUCCCUGCACUUGCAAUCAAGCUCAUUACAGCUGUGGGCAUAACUGUGGUGAUGGUCCUAAAUAGCAUGAGUGUCAGCUGGAGUGCCCGGAUCCAGAUUGUCUUAACCUUUUGCAAGCUCAUAGCAAUUCUGAUAAUUAUAGUCCCUGGAGUUAUGCAGCUAAUUAAAGGUCAAACACAGAACUUUAAAGACGCCUUUUCGGGAGGAGAUUCCAAUAUUACGCGAUUGCCCCUGGCUUUUUAUUACGGAAUGUAUGCCUAUGCUGGCUGGUUUUACCUCAAUUUUGUAACUGAAGAAGUAGAAAACCCUGAAAAAACCAUUCCCCUUGCAAUAUGUGUAUCCAUGGUCAUUGUCACCAUUGGCUAUGUGCUGACAAAUGUGGCCUACUUUACAACCAUUAAUGCUGAGGAGCUGUUGCUUUCAAAUGCAGUGGCAGUGACCUUUUCUGAGCGGCUACUGGGAAAUUUCUCAUUAGCAGUUCCGAUCUUUGUUGCCCUCUCCUGCUUUGGCUCCAUGAAUGGUGGUGUGUUUGCUGUCUCCAGGUUAUUCUAUGUUGCAUCUCGAGAGGGUCACCUUCCAGAAAUCCUCUCCAUGAUUCAUGUCCGCAAGCACACUCCUCUGCCAGCUGUUAUUGUUUUGCACCCUUUGACAAUGAUAAUGCUCUUCUCUGGAGACCUCGACAGUCUUUUGAAUUUCCUCAGUUUUGUCAGGUGGCUUUUUAUUGGGCUGGCAGUUGCUGGGCUGAUUUAUCUUCGAUACAAAUGCCCAGAUAUGCAUCGUCCUUUCAAGAUCCCGCUGUUCAUCCCAGCUGUGUUUUCCUUCACAUGCCUCCUCAUGGUUGCCCUUUCCCUCUAUUCGGACCCAUUAAGUACAGGGAUUGGCUUAGCCAUCACUCUGACUGGGGUGCCUGCAUAUUAUUUCUUUAUUAUAUGGGACAAGAAACCCAGGUGGUUUAGAAUAAUGUCAGAGAGAAUAACCAGAUCAUUGCAAAUAAUUCUGGAAGUUGUACCAGAAGAAGAUAAAUUAUGAACUGAUGAACUUGAGAUCUUGGCAAUCUGCCCAAGAGAAGACACACAAUAGGGAUUUUUACUUCGUCUUUUGAAAAUCCAGGGAAUUCUAACUUUGGUGAUAAACUAAAGGAGUCAGUUAUUUCUAUUCAUAUAUUUCAGCAUAUUCAAACUAAUUUAUAAGAAAUUUAGUUAUAACUCUAUGUAGUUACAGAAAACGAACAUGCAGUUCUGUGAGUCGCAGAAUUCUUGAGUCUCUGAUACCUACCUAUUGGGGUUAGGAGAAAAGACUAACGGAACAGCCAAUUACUAUGUGGUCAUUCUCUACAAUAUAUCUUAGCAUGGCAAAGAAAGUUCUCAUUGAAGACUGAGAUUUUUUCUGUGUAUAUGGGCUUUGUAAACAUGGUUUUAUACACCAUAGAUGACUAUACUGUGAAAAGUGUUUUCAAUUCUGAAAAAAAAUGGAUACAUCAUGAUUAUGGCCAAGAGGAAAGAAACAAAUUUAUUUUACAUUGACAUUGCAUUGCUUCCCUUUAGAUACCAAUUUAGAUAACACUCCUGCUUUAAUGGAUUAUACCCAGAGCAUUUUGAACAAAGGUCAGAGGGGAUAUGCUGAAUACAUUAAAGAGGAGUUUCUAGGGGCUACUGUUUAUGAGACACAUCCAGGAAUUAUGUUUGAGUAAAAAUCCUUGAGAAUUUAUUAUGUCAGAUUUUUUUUUUUCAUUAUCAGGAAGUUUUAUAGUCAUCUGUCUUUUUUUUUUUUUUU